UGUGCAAUGCUGUGGAUAGCCGCCAGGGUGCGCAGGUUUCCAACCUAUAGUCACAUGACACAAACUGAAGAUGUCUGCGACAGAAGAGGACACGGAACUCAGAGAUCUACUGAUCCAAAACUUGGAAAACAGCGGUGUUUUGAAUAAAAUUAAGGCAGAGCUACGUGCAGCUGUUUUUCUUGCCUUAGAAGAGCAGGACAAAGUUGAGAAUAAAUCACCUCUUGUGAAUGAAAACCUGAAAAAGUCCCUCAACACAAAGGAUGGUCGCUUGGUAGCAGGUCUUAUCAUUGACUUCCUGCAAGUCUUCAAUUUAGACUUCACCCUAGCGGUGUUUCAACCUGAAAUCAGUACGCUCAAUGGGAUUGACAGUCGUGAAACUCUGUCUAAAGAGCUUGGCAUAUCGGAAUCGGAGGUGAAUAAAAACACCCCUCUCCUGCUAGAGUUGGUGAAGAGGGGCCGGCAUAAGGACAAGACCUCCAUUUUCACAGAGGGAGAUCGGUUGACUGAGAGAACUUUUCCCAAGGAAUUGUUUCCCCGUCAAAUUGCUGAUGCCCGCAAGAAAUUUGACAGUCAUGACAAGAACAGAAGUGGUGAGAUCAACAGAGAUGCUGUUGUUGUCGUUUUCGCUGAUCUUUUUCCCCAGUUCAGCAGAAACAUGCUGGACAGUUACGUCACUGAGGAAUUUAGAGCCAAAGGCAAGGACACGAGCAAUACUGUAGACAUUCAGGACUUCCUGGGAAUGUACAAAUACUUUUUCAUACAGUGUCGAAGUGUGGUUACCAGUGAGAGUAGCGAUGCACUUUACUCCUCAAGUAAAUCUACUGAAGAUAGAAUCUUUUCGUCUUCCGCCAGCAAGAUACCCAGGUAUAAAGGAUUUGUUAAGCACAGUUCAGCGCAGGAAGAAAAGGCUGACCCAAAGGCCGGAGACAGAAGACCUGGUGAAACACUGGGGCCUCAGAAGAACAGAGGGUCUGUUCAAGUGUCUGAAGGGUCAGAGGAGGGAUUAGGUGAUGGGAAAAAUCUUCCCACCACACUGAGGAGAGCACUGGAGGAUGAGGAUGAAGGAGACUCGUUCUUUGAUGAUCCUCUUCCUAAACCUCAAAAGACCUAUGGCUGUGGUUUAUCUUUGGCAGAUAAGCCUUAUUCAGGUCAGAAAGAUCAGCACUGGCAGAGGGAAGGAAGCCUGUCAGGGCGAUCCUUAUCCCAAAUGAGGAGGGGCACUAGCCUCAAUGAGUGAGUGUGCAUGGAGUGAUCACACUGCCAUUCAAGCCCACUGCAUCCAUCUUAACCCAUGGGUGCAAAAUCAGGCUGUUUACUCCAGUUGGGGCUGUUCAUGUUCAUACAGCAGCAGAAUACUGUGGUCAGUCCAGUUUUACAGAGUUAACUACCAUUGUAUUCACACACACUUUGGAUUAAACAAGAGUAAUAAUCGAUUUCAACAUCUUAAAUGGCUCCCUUAAAUUAUCAAGACUCACAACCACAUUUAAUAAAACGGAGUAAAUGUUACAUUUAUUAAAUAAUGUCUUGUUAAAUGUGAUCAAAAAAAUCAAUGUUAUGAACAUAGCAAUUUUUCAUAUUUAUUUUUGUCACUUUCGUUACAAGUGUUGAUUACAACUAGCUUGGCUUUGUUCGUACAAACAAUAUUUGAUCCACUGCUGAAAAAUAUCAAAUGAACCAGGGGUAUCGCUAUAUAUAAAUUACA